ACACCCAUGAGGACCAUGACACCUCCACUGAGAAUGCAGAUGAGUCCAACCACAAUCCCCAGUUUGAGCCUAUAGUUUCUCUUCCCAAGCAGGAAAUUAAAACACUGGAAGAAGAUGAAGAACUUUCUAAAAUGCGGGCAAAGCUAUUCCGAUUCGCUUCAGAGAAUGAUCUCCCAGAAUGGAAGGAACGAGGCACUGGUGACGUCAAGCUUCUGAAGCAUAAGGAGAAAGGGACCAUCCACCUCCUCAUGAGGAGGGACAAGACCCUGAAGAUAUGCGCCAACCAUUAUAUCACGCCGAUGAUGGAACUGAAGCCGACCGCGGGCAGUGACCGUGCCUGGGUCUGGAACACCCACGCUGACUUUGCCGACGAGUGCCCCAAGCCAGAGCUGCUGGCCAUCCGCUUCCUAAAUGCUGAAAAUGCACAGAAAUUCAAAACGAAGUUUGAAGAAUGCAGGAAAGAGAUCGAGGAGAGAGAAAAGAAAGGGUUGGGCAAAAACGACAAUGCCGAGAAGGUGACAAGCUAG